AUGGCAACCCAAAAUCCGCUGGACCCGUCGCUAGAAAAGCUGAUCGAGUCAAUGAAGAUCUUCGAUCGACUGUUCGCCGAUUUCGAGCUGUGCUAUGUCGGUGCCAUGGUGCCGGUGAAAUCGACGGAGGAGUACGAGCAGCAGGAGCUGGUGUGCGUUUUGUUCUCGGAGACGCUGCAACGAGCACUCGAACGUGGAUUGCUCAGCCAGGCCGAUGUGGAUAAUUACGAACCGGCCCUGAUGUUCACGAUUCCCCGUUUGGCGAUUGUUUCCGGCCUCCUGGCUCCGCCCGGGGGCCCACUGUGCCUCAAUUCCCCCGACAACAUUAGUGAAAUGUUUAGACCAUUUCGGACGCUUCUUCUGAAAAUAAGGGAGCUUCUCUGGACGCUAAGCAACCGUGAGCUGUACAUGCUAGAGAAAUUGUUAUGUUCGAACGAGGAACCGUCGAGUCCUAUCACGCACACGUCGAGGUCCGCGUGCCAGGACAUACCGGACCUGGAGGAAUUCGUUCACAAUUUUUAUACCGGUUACCCGAACUGUAAAGACUUCAUCGUAGAUUUUUACACAGUGACGAAGAACACGGGGAACAACAUGGACGAGGUGGCGAAUGAUGUAGUUCAGGAUUUGACAGAGGAAAACGUGAACGGCGAUCGCUUGUUAGUGGGUACGGUCAAACUAGAUGAGGAGGAUAGGCACGGGGAUACAAGGACAAACACCGCGGAACACGGGCCUAAUUGUUUGACUAUAUACAUGGAUGGGUAUGACGAGAGUGUGAGGUGUAAUGGUGGCGCGAAGACAUCGAGGGAACGGGACAAUGUCAAGAAAGCUUGCAACUCGAACGGUAGCAGACAGCAACGAUCCAGAAAUGGCAGCCCUUGUCCAACAAGGGACGAGGAGAACGCGAGUUCCGGUUACUUGUCAGUUUAUGGAGCUGCGGUUCAGGUUAGUGCAGAAGGCAUUGUGUCUGGUUUCGGUGAGAACCAAUUGGGCCAUCAGUUGCACCAACAUCAGGCCGAUUUCAUGAGCUCCGAUAUAUCCGAAAUAUUCGUCGGUUCCGGAAACAUCGAAAUCCCGCAGACCCAGUACCUCUUGAACCAAGUCUCGCACGACAACAACGUGAUGACCGUUGAGACCGUGCACAUUGAGAACUCGCUGCCGGAUCUGGACUCCAAGAAACUGAUCUCAGAAGCGAAUAAGACGCUUUCGAAUCUUCUGUUGGACGGCGACUGCCAGAACGAAAUAUCGGAGCACACGGAUUCCGGUAUCUGCACCGUGAUAUCAUCGGAGAACACGAGUCUGUACGACAAGAGUCCCGAGGAGAAGAAAACAUUCGUGAACGAGAUCCAACAGGACGAUCAGAACCUGGACGACGAGGACACGCAAGAGAACACCAGUUACUCCUGCUCGAAUCUAAAUUCGCCGAAAAGGAAGAGCUCCACGAUCUCGGACAACUCUUGCGUGUGUAGCCUGAGAACAGUGAAACCGUCGGUCGCUCAUUUGGAUCAUUCGAUCGAGGUACACAAUCUUUACUCGGUCAGCACUGAGGCCGCAAAACACAUUCCGAGGAUAUCGUCGAAUUUCGACGGCACCAACGAGGAGUUUGUCGGGGUCGCGUACGGGAACGGUCACAUAUCCGUGUGCGACUCGAACCAGUCCAGCUUCCAGAUUAACUACACCGAGAACUGGGAGAACCUGAACCUGAACAUCGACGCGUCCACGUCCAGAAGGGAGUUCUGGUGCGACCUGAAAUGCGAGAAUUGCCCGUCGACGUCCCAGAACAUUGGCAAGAUCGGGACGAAGAUCGAGCAGUACGCGCAGGACAAGAUCAUGUCGCGGAAGACGCGGGACGAUAAGCAGAAACGGAGAUAUCACCGUAAACACGAGCGGAACGGUGUGAUCCACGGGGUGCAGGAGAACAGAACGUCGAACUUCCAGACUGUAUACUGCGCAACCAGCACCGAAAGUUCUCGGUCGAACUCGACCGAUCGGUGUUUGAAUCCCAGAUUAGUCAGUUACGGCGCGAGUUUGCAUCCCAGUCAGAACACCAGGCAGAUGCCGAACUUCGGUAGUCACAGUCCUCACGCUAGCCCGAGGAUGCAGCACUUCGAACCCCGUACGAACGGCACGUCGGGCCAACGGACUUGUCACAUCGCUCCUAGAGCGCAGAGGAACAUGUCGCCGCAAAACAGGAAGCUUUUGGACCACAGACGGUCGAGAUCGGAGCAAAUCAGUAGAAUGAAGAGAAGAGACAUUGAGAAGAGGGACAGGUGCGAUCGGAUUAAUCCUCGUUCGGAGCAGACGAAAAGGAAGCUGGAAUGCAGAAGUCCUAAUGAACUGAUGAACGACGGUUUGGGACCAAGAACAGACAAGAGUGGCCUGGUCACAGAGCCAAUUUCGCCUGUUUUGGUGCCGCAAAAUGUUCCUUACGGGAUCCAGAACGUAAUAAAAGACAAUAAUGCACAGAGAACUACCCGAACGAUAAGACUGGUCAAUCCGUCGACGGUGUCUGGCACGCAGUCGUUCAGCUUGGAUCACUCCUUGACUCACAAGCAAGAUAUGGGAUCCAGUUCUAGCUGUUCGAGCUGUUGCGACUCGAGCUCGGAGACCAGCGAGUUUCAGAGCGAUUGCCAGGACGACGAGGAGAUCGCACUUGCCAUGCAGGCCGCCGAGAUCGCAAACAGAAAUCAGAUUCGGGCGAAGUUUCGGUCGUCGGAAGACCUUGUUCAUCGUCUGUUCGUGUGUAUAGCUGGUGUGGCUGACCAGUUGCAGACUAACUUCGCGUCGGAUCUACGCAAUAUUUUGAAGUGCGUGUUCCUGAUGAACAGUAGUCAAACCGUGGAGGACGAGGUGACGAAAGACGAAGGUUUAACUACGGAUAAUCAGUUAGCGAGUCCUAUAAGUGAUACAAUUAAUCAGGAUCGACAAGAUUCGUUGCAGGAGUUUGAGGACGAUUUGGAAGAUACAACGACGGCAAAUGAACAAAACACAAGCUUUGCCUGCUUUUCUGUAGAUAGGCAUCAUUUCUUGGGCAUCAGUAUUUGUUGCUUUGAACCAAAUAGACUCGCAAAAAUUGUGAAAAAGUCGCAUACAUUGCAAAUGCCGGGCACCUAUUACAAAACUGUCUCCAAUUUUGCUAUUGAAAAUUGUAGUUGGAGAAAAUUAAGAACCAUAAAAUUGCUACUGGUCGGGCGAUCUUCAAAUACGUUUCAUCAUUUCAGGUCGUCGGAAGACCUUGUUCAUCGUCUGUUCGUGUGUAUAGCUGGUGUGGCUGACCAGUUGCAGACUAACUUCGCGUCGGAUCUACGCAAUAUUUUGAAGUGCGUGUUCCUGAUGAACAGUAGUCAAACCGUGGAGGACGAGGUGACGAAAGACGAAGGUUUAACUACGGAUAAUCAGUUAGCGAGUCCUAUAAGUGAUACAAUUAAUCAGGAUCGACAAGAUUCGUUGCAGGAGUUUGAGGACGAUUUGGAAGAUACAACGACGGCAAAUGAACAAAACACAAAUUCUUCCGUAACCGAACGCGGGGAGGAGUGCGUAGAGAGGGCGCCAGCCUGGGUCCCGGACAACGACGCGCCAAGGUGCAUGGCCUGUCAGGCGGGCUUCACCGUGGUGCGACGCAGACACCAUUGCAGAAACUGUGGCAAAGUAUUCUGCGGCCGUUGCAGCAGCAACAACGUGCCCCUGCCGCGUUUCGGGCACACGAAACCCGUGAGGGUGUGCAACAGGUGUUUCCUCUAUCAGGUGACGCCGUUCACGGUCUCCCAAAUAACGUCUGCGAGCUGA